AUGGCCUCUUUAACGCACAACGACUACACCAUCGCGUGGAUAUGCGCCUUGCCGCUGGAGGCAACAGCGGCUCGCGCCAUGCUGAACAAGACUCACAGUCCCCUGCCGAAACCCUCUACCGAUCCGAAUGCUUACGACCUUGGCGAGUUAAAUGGUCACAAUAUUGUCAUUACUUACCUACCAGCUGGUAUAUACGGUAAAGUGUCUGCAACGGCUGUGGUAUCUCACAUGCAUUCAACAUUUCCUCGGCUUCAGUAUGGACUAAUGGUGGGAAUCGGAGGGGGGGUCCCGGGAAGAAACAACGACAUUCGACUAGGCGAUGUGGUAGUUAGCAAGCCGAUGGGAAGGUACAGCGGAGUGAUACAGUAUGAUUAUGGCAAAGCGGUUCGAGGUGGAAAAUUUGAGCCAACAGGAACUUUGAACAAACCACCACAGGCUCUUUUAACUCACAUGAGUCAGCUGCAGACAAAAUAUAUGAGUGGAGACCAGGAUGAUGUUUUGAAAAUAGUGUGGGAAACACUCGAACGAAACCCUGGCAUGAAAGAUAGGUUUUCCCCCCCAGAACAACAAACAGACUUUCUUUUCCAUUCCUCUUAUCAUCAUGCCGACGAGAAUGACAGCUGUCGAAAGUGUGAUAAAGAGAAAUUAGUCAAACGGCUACCCCGUGCUACUAAAACACCUUGCAUCCAUUAUGGGUUGAUUGCAUCGGGGGAUCAGGUGAUAAAAGACUCAGAGACGCGAGACCGUCUAGCACAACAGCAUGGGAUGCUCUGCUUUGAGAUGGAAGCAGCCGGCCUGAUGGAUGAGCUUCCGACGCUGGUAAUUCGAGGGAUAUGCGAUUAUUGCGACUCUCAUAAGCAGAAACAGUGGCAAGGAUAUGCAGCUCUGACAGCGGCCGCUUAUACAAAAUUACUGUUGUCAAUGAUUCCUGUCCGCAAUGUGAAUAUGGGUCACAUGAAAAGCAAGAAAAUGCGGCACUGGAUGGUCUCACUCCCGAGAAAUCCAAAAUUCGUCGGUCGUCAGGACGAAGUCACAAAACUAGAAGGAUUAAUUACUAAACAAGAUGGACCCAGGAGGAUCGCAGUCACCGGACUGGGAGGGGUCGGUAAGACACAAGUGGUCCUUGAGCUAGUACACCGCAUACGGGACCACGAUGAGGAGUGCUCAGUCUUCUGGAUCCCCUGUACCAGUCAUGCAAUGAUUGAGCAGACUUUCCUGCACAUUGCACAAAUACUCGGACUUCAUGAUAUGAAUCCGGCGGUUGUUAAAGAACAGAUUCAUAAAUUUCUUCGCUCCGAGCGUGCAGGAAAGUGGCUUCUGAUAUUCGAUAACGCAGAUGAUGCAGAGAUGUGGUUUGCACCCAAUCAGACAGCUACACCUCUUGAGGACUUUCUUCCUGAGAGCGAACAAGGCCGUAUUUUAUUCACCACCCGAAACCGAAAACUCGGUAUGAAGCUAGCACCAUUCAAUGUUGUUCCCAUUCCAGAUGUGGAUAAAGAAACCGCAGUUAAAAUCCUGGAGAAGAUGUUGGCACACGAGGACUUGCUUAGAGAUACUCCCAUGACCACUACUCUGCUUGAAGAGUUAGCCUUUCUCCCUUUGGCCAUUGCACAGGCGUCAGCAUAUAUUAUUGAAAACAAUAUCGACUUAACAACCUACCUCACACUUCUCCAAGAGCAAGAACAAGAUGCCGUGGAACUCCUGAGCGAAGACUUUCGUGAUCCAGGACGCUACAAAACCAUCGAGAACCCUGUUAUCACCACCUGGCUAAUAUCAUUUAAACAGAUUCAGCGUCGAGAUCAAUUAGCAGCAGACUAUCUAUCUUUUAUGGCCUGUAUUGAUCCGCGAAAUAUUCCCCAGUCCCUCCUUCCUCAGCCAAGAUCCAGGAAGAAGAAAAUUGACGCUCUGGGGCUUUUAAAUGCAUACUCGUUUACCAACGGCCAAGACAUGGAUAUAGAUAUGCACAGACUUGUGCAUAUUGCGACCCGAAACUGGCUUAGGAAGAAUGCAUUAUUUAGCCAGUGGAUCCACAAGGUAGCUAAUCAAAUGCAGAACGUGUUUCCAGACAAUCAUUACACCAACCGCGAACUUUGGCAGAAAUAUCUUCCUCAUGCAUUAGUGCUUGUGCGUGAAAUUGAAUUUAAUGUACAAGAGAACAGUUACCCUGAUCUAGCUCAAAAAAUUGCAGAUUGUCUUGCUAGUGAUGGAAGAUACCAAGAAGCAGAAGAACUUUACGACAAGCUGAUGAGGAUCAAUCUAGAAAAAGCUGGCUCAGAGCAUCCCUCCACUCUGAGCAGCAUGGCGAACCUGGCAUCAACCUACCGGAAUCAAGGUCGAUGGAAUGAAGCCGAGAAGCUGGGGGUGCAAGUCAUGGAGACAUCCAAGACAGUGCUGGGAGAUGAGCAUCCCUCCACUCUGACCAGCAUGGCGAACCUAUCGUCAACCUACCGGAAUCAGGGUCGAUGGAAUGAAGCAGAGAAGCUGGAUGUGCAAGUCAUGGAGACAAGGAAGACAGUGCUAGGAGAUGAGCAUCCUGACACUCUGACCAGCAUGGCGAACCUGGCAUCAACCUUUUGGUAUCAAGGUCGAUGGAAUGAAGCCGAGAAGCUGGGGGUGCAAGUUAUGGAGACAUCCAAGACAGUGCUGGGAGAUGAGCAUCCUGACACUCUGACCAGCAUGGCGAACCUAGCGUCAACCUACCGGAAUCAGGGUCAAUGGAAUGAAGCCGAGAAGCUGAACGUGCAAGUCAUAGAGACAUCCAAGACAGUGCUGGGAGAUGAGCAUCCUGACACUCUGACCAGCAUGGCGAACCUAGCGUCAACCUACCGGAAUCAGGGUCGAUGGAAUGAAGCUGAGAAGCUGGGGGUGCAAGUUAUGGAGACAUCCAAGACAGUGCUGGGAGAUGAGCAUCCUGACACUCUGAUCAGCAUGGCGAACCUAGCGUCAACCUACCGGAAUCAGGGUCGAUGGAAUGAAGCCGAGAAUCUGAACGUGCAAGUCAUAGAGACAUCCAAGACAGUGCUGGGAGAUGAGCAUCCCUCCACUCUGACCAGCAUGGCGAACCUAGCGUCAACCUACCGGAAUCAGGGUCGAUGGAAUGAAGCCGAGAAGCUGGACGUGCAAGUCAUGGAGACAUUCAAGACAGUGCUGGGAGAUGAGCAUCCUGACACUCUGACCAGCAUGGCGAACCUAGCGUCAACCUACCGGAAUCAGGGUCGAUGGAAUGAAGCCGAGAAGCUGGACGUGCAAGUCAUGGAGACAUUCAAGACAGUGCUGGGAGAUGAGCAUCCUGACACUCUGACCAGCAUGGCGAACCUAGCGUCAACCUACCGGAAUCAGGGUCGAUGGAAUGAAGCCGAGAAGCUGGGGGUGCAAGUUAUGGAGACAUCCAAGACAGUGCUGGGAGAUGAGCAUCCCUCCACUCUGACCAGCAUGGCGAACCUAGCGUCAACCUACCGGAAUCAGGGUCGAUGGAAUGAAGCCGAGAAGCUGAACGUGCAAGUCAUAGAGACAUCCAAGACAGUGCUGGGAGAUGAGCAUCCCUCCACUCUGACCAGCAUGGCGAACCUGGCAUCAACCUUUUUUAAUCAGGGUCGAUGGAAUGAAGCAGAAAACCUGAACGUGCAAGUCAUGGAGACAUCCAAGACAGUGCUGGGAGAUGAGCAUCCCUCCACUCUGACCAGCAUGGCGAACCUGGCAUCAACCUUUUUUAAUCAGGGUCGAUGGAAUGAAGCAGAGAAGCUGAACGUGCAAGUCAUGGAGACAAGGAAGACAGUGCUGGGAGAUGAGCAUCCCUCCACUCUGACCAGCAUGGCGAACCUAGCGUCAAUCUACCGGAAUCAGGGUCGAUGGAAUGAAGCCGAGAAGCUGGACGUGCAAGUCAUGGAGACACUCAAGACAGUGCUGGGAGAUGAGCAUCCUGACACUCUGACCAGCAUGGGAAACCUGGCAGAAACCUUUUGGUAUCAAGGUCGAUGGAAUGAAGCCGAGAAGCUGGACGUGCAAGUCAUGGAGACAUCCAAGACAGUGCUGGGAGAUGAGCAUCCUGACACUCUGACCAGCAUGGCGAACCUGGCAUCAACCUGCCGGAAUCAGGGUCGAUGGAAUGAAGCCGAGAAGCUGGACGUGCAAGUCAUGGAGACACUCAAGACAGUGCUGGGAGAUGAGCAUCCUGACACUCUGACCAGCAUGAAUAACCUUGCCUAUACGUGGCAAUUUCAGGGAAAACUACAUGAUGCCGUCUCUCUAAUGAAAGAAUGCUCUGACCUGCGCAACAAAGUAUUAGGUCCUAAUCACCCGCAGUCCAUGUUGUCCUCUCGUGCUCUUAAUGAUUGGAUGGAUGAGGAUAAUGCAUUAACAGAUCAAACACCGCUCACUGGGGAUAAAACUCCGCAGCCUCGGCGGGAUGUUUCAGCAGGAUCUUCAGCAGCUGUGGUAACUACCUCGUCUGCCUAUGAAGGGCACAUCAAUCUAUCUUAUCCUCAAAGACGACCAGCUGCUACAUUAUUACUUAAAAAUCAUCCUCUCAUCAUUGCUGCCAGAACACCCUCACCCGCGCCAGAAGGCCAAAACUUACAAGACGUGGAUUGA